ACGCGUGUUCUUUUGGUUCCGUUCCCAAGUAGUAAAAAUCCCAUUUCUUGCUGGCUUUGGGGAGCGUAUUGGGGGUCAUCAUGAGCUACCUGGGUGUUGGAGUGAGCCCUGGAAAUGUUCCAGUCUACCAUGGCAGCAGCUUGAAGGUGUUUGAUAAGAGAGUGAGACUUGCAGAGCUGGUUUUGAGGUGUGUCAUCUGUGCCUUAGCUCUGGUUGGUGCUCUUCUUAUAGCUACAGACACCCAGGUCCAAGAGAUCUUCACCAUUCGAAAGAAAGCUACAUUUAAAGACAUGAAAGCCCUAGUGUUUUUGGUGGUAUCCAAUGGGAUAUUAGCUGCCUACUCACUUGUUCAGGUUGUGAGGUGCACAGUGAGUAUCAUCAGAGGAAGUGUUCUCUUCAACAAGCCCCUAGCCUGGGCUGUUUUUUCUGGUGACCAGCUGAUGGCAUACUUAAGUUUGGCUGCUGUAGCGGCUGCUACACAGUCUGCUGUGAUAGCAAAGUUUGGGCAGAAUGAACUGCAAUGGAUGAAGAUAUGUAACAUGUAUGGAAAGUUCUGCAACCAAGUUGCGGAAGGCAUCGCAAGUUCGCUGUUCGCUAGCAUAAGUUUGGUUCUUCUCUCAGGUUUAUCGGCUUUUAGUCUCUUCCGUUUAUAUGGUGAAAAUAAAUCCAAGUGCAAUGGGAGAUGAAGGCCGGACUACAAGUUGUGUAGGAUUUAGCUGUUGGACUUUGAAGACUAGUAGUAGUGGCUUUACCUCGUGCAUGUGAAAGCGGGUGUUUAGUGGCUGUGUAAAAUAAGACAUGAAGAUCCAUGUUUGUAACCUUUGUUGCUCUCUUUACACGUAAUAUAUUCAGCGGACUCUUUAAGGUUUUACUAGCACAGUACCCGUGCAUAUGCACGGAAAAAACACUUGAUCCAUAUAUAUUUUUAUCCACGAUUUUUUUCUAUAUAAAAGUAGUUUUUUUCUACAA